AUGACCGCUGAACUGAACCCAAUGUCGUCUGCCGGGCCUCUUCCUGAGAUCCCUCCGCUCAAAUUCGAGAAAGCUGUCAAACCAGUCGCGACGGCGAACCUUAGCAAAGAAGCCAAACAACAAUACAUCAUCAAUGAGAUCAAGAAGCUUCUCGAAGACAGCGAAGAUUUCAUUGGUCUUGUCCCUGGCGAAAAUAACAUACCUGAGAUCCUGGUCUCUCCCAACUUAGAACAACACAAAUAUUCAAUUCUUGGAGACGCAUGUGGGAAUUUCACAAAGUACAUGAGCGACCGCAAUCCCACUUUAAGAAGAAAUGUGGGCACUUCAUUGUGCCGCCAUUCGAAGGCUCUUAAGCAGGAACCCGAGAGAGAAACGCGAAUACCUGGCGGUUCGAUAUCGUACCCUUUUCAGCGUCCAACAAAGCGGCACCGAUCGAGAACAUUGAAUGCAGGAAGCCAAUCCAAACCCAGGGUUCCCCAGAGUGAGCGAAGAUUGAAGCUGGUCUCCGAAGCUCCUGCCGCCCAAAUCAGAGUAGACGACCGCGAGAAGCUGGAACAAUGGUUCGAGGAGGCAUUUUUGACCUUGCAGCAAGUGGCAUGUCGUCUAGUUGCCAAGGUCUGGAUCAAAAAGAUCCACCCUAAAAAGCAAUCAACUCAUCCUUACAACGGACAAAUGCCACGUGGUGAGCCUGCCGAUUCAAACCGGACUAGGCCGCCCUACUGGCCACCUGAUGUCAUUCACCGAGAACCAGAUCAUAUAGGUCGCGAUGAUAGAACCAACCUUCUGGUUCAUCUCAUUUUGAACACUCCCCAGCCAAUCAUCACAAGUCCUCCAGAUCCACAGAACCAGCAAACGGUGAAUGCUCGUGGGCUGUUUGAAUGCCUCGAAUUGAAGAGGAGUGAAUUGAGAGAAGAUCGUUGGGAAAUCAUCCAGCAGAUCAUCAGAGCCAGAGAGAUGAUGGAACAAUACGAGGCCGGGGAGAUUGACGGCGAUUCACUCGUAUUCCUGAGCGAUUACAGUCACGGUUCAAGGAUGACACCAAAUGAGAGCGACAAUGAGGCGCUUGAGCAAGAAGGUCCUAGCCAAGGUGGCUCCAGCCAUGGCUCUCACGAGGAAGACCUUGGUGACGAACCUGACCUGACAUCGACUUCGUCCACCCGGCCUUCUCCUGCAGAUCAGGUGCAUCUUGACGGCCGCCUUCAUUUGGGCAAACUUCGGAGCUCGGGGGGCGUCGAAGGUUCACAUGGACGUCGCCCCGCUGGACGACGAUCGCGUUCUGCCAUCAAUGGAAGCAUUGCGACGCCUGCGAUUGCACUCCAGCCUGCUCAAGAAGUCUCGAGUGAGAGGACGAUGAACGUUCGCAAGUUCAAGUCUCAUGUUGAUGGCUCACCGAUUGAUACAGUCAUGCAGUUCCCUAGACCUAAUGUCAACCAGGUCCAUAGUAGGUCUGGACUGAUGGUGAACAUAUCACAACAAUUACCGUCUAGGACCUUUGAACGAGAUCUCGACAGUCACUCGGAAUCCCAAGAAAUGAUGCAUGUUCUUCCACAAUCUGGCCCUCGUCCACCUCAACCGGGACUUGAGAUUCAACCCUGGAUGGGAAUGAUGCCAGACAUGGGACCAGAGCCACCCGAGCACAUAUUUGGAAUCCACCCCGACAUGGCAACGCAACCACAAGAGAUGACGUACCAAUACUUAGACCCAGCUUCGCGCGACAUGGACAGCAGAGUGCAGAACUGUGUAUCUGUGAUAAAUCCAAUGCACUAUCAAGACUACAACGACGGGAGUCGGCGGAAUUUGCCCGUUCGGGUCAUGGACACUUCGUAUCCGGGAAUGCUUCCCCAGCAAGAUUACAACAUGGACAUGAUAGCCGGACCCUUUUAUCCAGUGUGA